AUGACCCCUGUUUCAUUGUUUCUACAAAAUACGGCUGCGUGUAAGCUCGCAUUAGCAUUUGCAGUUUUCAUAUGUGUAUUGGUUGGUUGGAAUCUUAGCUUGAUCACAUUCACCUUCAUCAUCUUUACCGAUGUUUCAUCUUUGUAGGCAUCGCUUUUCCAAAUAUAAUACAUCGACUAUGCUCUCACCAUCAACCAUUUCAAGAAUUUGGAUUCAUCGUUCAGACCAAAGUUACAGCUCCCUUUUUCCUUUAUAUCUCAGCCUCCCCAAGUACAUUUUACUCGAGAAUUUUCUCAAAAUACAAGGUAGAUUUCAUCAAAUUGAAAGGAAAUAUGCUCUGAAACAUCUACAUCCAGUUGUUCGAGGGAGAAAUCAAGGGUAAGAAUGGACAGCUCGUUGCGGUACAACAGAAGAAGAAGCGGGUAUGAGCCAUCAGAUACAGAGACGGAUUGGCACGACAGUCCGAGGCGUGAGGAUAGCGGCUAUGACGAAAACAGGAGCAAGAGUCCUCUAACUAGCGUCAGCAGGCUGCAAUCUGAUAUGCUUAAAACGAGUCCUGCUCCAUGGAGACAUAGCAACUCUCCACAUAGACCUCGUGCAGAGAACGGUAACGUUCCUCCACUACAUAAUUACGAGUUUCGCAGAAAUGUAAGCCCUCUUUCCCGUAGAACCUAUUCUGAUAUUCGUACAAGUGUUAGCCCAUUUUUGAUGUCUGAACGGAGGACUAGUUCUGACAAUAAUAAUACUGGAAAUGCCUGUCCAUUUUCGCAAUCUGAGCGCAGAACUAAUUCUGCUAACAAUAGAGAAAAUAUGAGUCCCUUUACAAUAUCUGAGCGCAGGAGACAUGUUUCUCCAUACAAAACUUCAGGAGAGGGCCAUCGCUUGGUUUAUGGGCAGGCAAAUCACGAUUUGAGUAGGGGGGCAGAGAGAUCAACUUAUAGGAGAGCAGCUUCCGCUCCUAGAGCCAGGUUGAGAGAAAGAGGCCACCAUUUCAGCAAUGAUCAAGGUGACCGAAAGAAACAAGAUAGAACCCAAGAGGAGAGGGAUGCUUCUCAUAAACAUGGCCCUUCAGUGGGUGAAAUCAAUGAAAUGGUUGCAAAUACUACAUUUUCUAGAGGGUUGAAUGGCCAUGUUCUCAACUUUGAUAGCACUGAUUCCAUUCCUCGUGGGGACAUUUUCUUUUCAAGGGACUAUAAUGCCACCUUUAAGAAUGUUGUCUUUCCCAGCAAUGGUACUACAGAUCCAAGAGCAUUUCUCCCUAAGCCGCCUGGUUUUGUUGAUAAAAGUCCUGGUUUACAUCAGGGCAACAAGUUGAAUGCGAGCUUCAGUCACAACAGUCGGCCAAUGUCACAAACAACUACGAACUCUAGUUCUGUGAUCAGCAGGCGUAGUAGUAAUGUAAGUGACUCUAGUAGUAGGACAAGCGCAGGUACAAGAAAAUUCAUAGAGAACAGAAGAAAGAACCAGUCAGAUGCAUGGUUUUCUUGCAUCAAGAGAGGAUCUUGCAGGAAAUCUCAUAAAUCUCCAGAAAAAGAUAGGCCUCUUGAUGAAGCUUCAUUUAUCGGGAAGGCAAUUGUAGUUGAGAGCUUAAGACCACUUUGGGCUGAUAAACAUCAACCUGCUUCAUUGGCCGGAUUCACUUGCCACAAGCAAGAAGCUCAGCUUCUUCAGCAACUUGUGAGCAAUGAGAUCUUUCCACACGUCUUGCUGAAAGGACCGCCUGGUACUGGUAAGAAGGCACUGACAAUGGCUCUUCUCCGUGAGAUAUAUGGGGAUCCUGUUUGGAAUAUAUCUCAUGAGUUACGAUACUUUCACAUUCUGGAAUCCAGGCCCGUACAAGUAGUUGUUCCUGUAAGCUCAAGUCCUCACCAUGUGGAACUGAAUGUUUAUUUAGAGCCUAAAGCAGCAUAUGCAUUAACAUCUUUAGUCAAACAAAUAAGCAGUGAGCAUGCAGUCACACCUGAAAUGAGUGCAGCUCCUAGAACGGCAGAUUAUAAAGUAUUGGUUCUCUAUGACGUUGAUAAAGCCGCAGAGAACAUACAACACCUGACAAAGUGGAUCAUGGACUGUUACUCAGAUUCUUGCAAACUUAUCCUCUGCUGUGAAGAUGAUGUAGACAUACUUGAAUCUGUGAAGAGCCGCUGCAAAGUUAUUAAGGUUGAAGCUCCAGUAACUCAUGAAAUAAUGGAGGUUCUUAUCCAAAUAGCCAAAAAGGAAGAUUUUGAACUAUCCAUGAGCUUUGCUGCUAAGAUUGCAAUCAAAUCAAAGCAAAAUCUAAGAAGAGCAAUCAUGGCACUUGAAGCCUGCAAAGCACACAACUAUCCUUUUGCGGAGGACCAACCUAUUCCACUAGGAUGGGAAGAAGCUCUUGUGGAACUAGCUGCAGAUAUUUUAGCAGAUCCAUUGCCAAAGAGAUUAUUUAUCAUUCGGGGGAAGAUUCAAAAACUUCUGGCGGAUUUUGUUCAUCCUAGACUAAUUCUCUUGAAGCUCGUCGAACAAUUCCUUCGAGGAGUUGAGGCUAGUUUGAAAAGGGAACUUUACUAUUGGUAUGCUUACUAUGACAAGAGACUCCCAACUGGAACAAGUGCCUUACUAAAGUUAGAAGAGUUUGUGGCCAAGUUUAUGAGCAUAUAUAGGAAGAGUUCCUCCAAUCGGCAACUAUCAUAGGGCGUGUUCUAUUAUCAUGAUUUUGAAAAUUGUGGGACUCAGUGCUACCACUCUGUUUCAAUGAAUCGAAAGAUGUAGCAGAAUUCUGAACUACUUCACUGUUUAAUUGAUUGAAAGGAAUUUGGUUGUUUCUUCAUCCGUGAAUAUGUGCGGAUCUGGUAUGCAUUAUAGAACCAGUGCCUUUUAUUACCUAAUUAUAUCUGUCACACCCCGGAUCCGGAU